CCGAGCCACGGCCCCCCCGCAGUGAAUCAGCAGUUUGGGGGGAGAUUCCCAGAGCCGCGCCCUCCCCCCAGCUCCGUCCACCUUAAGAGCAGUGGGCGGUUCCACCUUAAGGUGGGGGAGGGGGCGCGGGGGGGCGGACCCCCCCCGCCGGUCCCGGGGCUGCAGUGGCGACAGCAGCGGUCACAGGAGCGGCGACAGCGACAUCAGCUGCGGAGCGUCAGCCCCGCCCGGCGCCGCCUCCCGCAGCCGCAUCCUGCAUCCCUGAGCUGCAUCCUGCAUCCCGGGGUGCCAUCCUGCAUCCCUGACAGCAUCCUGCGUCCUGGGUACCACCCUGCACCGCUGAGCAACAUCCUGCGUUCUUGGGUACCAUCUGCCAUCCCGGGCAGCAUCCGCAUCCCUGAGCAGCAUCCUGCAUCCCUGGUACCACCCUGCGCCACUGAGCAGCAUCUUGAAUCCUUGGGUACCACCCUGCGUCCCUGGGCACCACCCGGCAUCCUCGGGUACCAUCCUGCAUCCGUGACCAGAGUCCUGCAUCCCUGGGUGCCAUCCUGCACCACUGAGCAGCAUCCGGAGUCCUCGGGUGCCAUCCUGCAUCCCUGGUACCCCCUGCACCGCUGAGCAUCCUCCUGCACCGCGGGCACCGCCUGACUCCUGGGUUGUGAGCAACCCCCUCGGGUGACCCCCCCACGCCCCGGGUGACCCCCCGCAGCCCCCCAGCAGCAGCCACCGCCCCCUUGGCCGCCCCCCCGCGCCCCCCGCCAUGGCCGAGCCCAGCUCCGAGUGCAGCAUCAAGGUCCUGUGCCGGUUCCGGCCCCUCAACCAGGCCGAGAUCCUGCGGGGGGACAAGUUCCUGCCCGUCUUCCAGGGCGACGACAGCGUCGUGG